GAGCUGAACAGACGUUAGUAGGAUGAAGGCGAUUUUAUCCUUCAAACUUUUGAAUGUACAGUACGCGAUCGUUUUCUAAAUAGCUGAAUUAUUUUAUCGGACUAAUUAAAACAAUCGCUUAUCGAACAAUUAAAAGUGUUUGCGUGUUGAACGUGUUAGUCUAAAUUCCUAUUAAGUGAUGGUGAUUUUUCUGUUUUAUACCAACGCGACGGAACCAAUAAACCUGCGGAGCGGGUAGGAUGCAGCGGUAUGCACCACAUCGCACUGCUCUUGAUGCUUCUCAUGAGGGCAAGUGCCCAUUUGAAUAUGACGGCUUCGCCUACUUCUGAUUCUACAUAUCUUCUCAGAAGUACAUUGCCACCAACUGUAUUUACCUUGUCAGUGACAAAGGCAAGACGGAUUUCAUCUAGACGGGGAAAGUCGGAUUCACCGAUGUUGAAUUACAUUUUUGAUUCAUAUGCGACAAAUAACAAACAUUUUCAUGACAAUUUCAAAGGACCUUCAUUCGAAGAUGACAUAAACUCUGACAAAAUUAUCAACACAGACACAGGUGCGACAGUUUUAUUUGAUUGUCGAGUUUCGUCAUUAAGAGAUAAAACAGUAUCCUGGCUGAGGGUUUCCAACGACACAAAUCUAGAACUGUUGACAGUUGAUUUAGAGACUCAUACGACAGAUCCGAGAUAUAAAGUGGACGUUGCUGGUGAAACAUGGAAGCUUUCUCUCACGGACGCUAAGGUUCAAGAUUCUGGAAUAUACUGCUGUCAUGUAUCAACGCAUCCGCCCAUGUUACGUCGAUUUCGCUUAGUUGUUCAUCCGCCCGAAAUAAAAAUGAACAAUGAAGCUUUCCUGGAAAGCGGCGAGACUCUAUCGCUCAAGUGCGCUGUAUUGCACUUAAAUCCCGGAGAAGCGAGUGAAUUACACUGGUACCGAGGAAACAAUACCACGCCGCUUGAUGAGAUACGGUCUGGUGUACUAGUAGAGACAGAUCUUUUAACGCUUACAAGUCAUCUUCAGGUAGCUCAUCUUAAAGUGGAAGAUGCUGGAAACUACACCUGCGCCCUUGCAUCGCCUAUUACGAUGAGAGCCGUAGCAAGGGUUCAUGUGUUACAAGGUUCAAGUCUAGCUGAACUUCAAAGCGGUGUCAAGACAACAACAAGCUACAUAGGCUUACUUCUGACAUCGCUCAUAAUUAUCUUCUACACGAAUUUUGAAGAUAUAAGAUGACCUCGUUAGAUCAUAAUAAUAAUGGAAGGCUGGAUAACGCAAGAAUUUCGCUGGGAACAAAUUAAUAUUGAUAGAACAUCGUCAGAUUUUAUUUUGACGUAUUCAAGGGAAUUAGAAUAAAGAGUAAAUGGUGUGAAAUGGAAACCGUCUGAUUGUUUGAAAGUAGGUAUUGUUGAUUGAAAUCACACUAAGGGAAUAAUAAUAAAUUUAGUUCUCAAUUUUAAUGGAAAUGUCAAAGUGAAUAAUAACUUUUUCUUAUAGUAAAAGUCGAAUAUUUUGUUCUUUUUUUAUUUUAUUUUUUUAUUUUAACAGUAUUAACAUUCCUUUUGGAAUGUCACACUAAAUCAAUGUUGUUUUUGCUUUGGGCCACUGACAAAUCCAGAUUACUGAAAAAUAAAUGUCCUUCUAAAAUUUUAUAGGAAAAGCAACGGUUGAAAUUCCUUUUAAAUUCACAUUCAAUACAGUGCAAUAGGUGAUUUUAAUAGUUGAACUAAUAAAACCUAAAAAGUUACAAGUAUGCAAAAAUCCAAAAUCUAUAACCAUAUUAUCAGAUACGCGUUUGUUAUUGAAGCAAAAGAAAAAUAUUUUAAUGGAUAUUUUAAAGCCUUUGGCUGGAAUAAAUAUUUUAAGUAUAUUUAAGCUCGUUAAUUAAAAUUUACCUUAAAUAUUGACGUAUUCUUUUACUUUGUUACACAGAAUGAUUGUUUAUUCGCUUAUUUUAAUCAUAUUGAAGCACAUGUUACAAUGAAAAUGAAGGAGAUAUUCAAAUUGUUAUGCAAAUAAUUUUGCUUGUUUUAAUUAUUAUGUUACUUCAACAUUUAUGCGUAUACACCAGCUAUUAUAAUUGUUGUUUAACAAUGUUAAAAUGUUAUUUUCAAUAUCAUCCCAUUUAAUGGCAGUGAUUUAUUACUCUCGUCAAACUUAAAGCGUUUAAUGACAUUACAUUGUCCGUAAAAUGUUUUUACGGUUCCUGUUAUGUAAAAAUUUAAAAGCCUUUAACAUAAUAGAUACAAUUUUCAUCGUAAAAUUACUAUUUCUAUUUUUAAUCGAGUUGAUUUUAAUUGUUAAGA